AUGUUGAAGUUUGCCAACAGGUUGUUUCAUGAUCAUUGUAGUCAUUUUGUAACUACAACGACAGCUGCCAAUAGCUACACAGUUGUUGGAGCAACACUAAACAUCGCAUUAUUUAUACGCCAAACUCAGACAAGAAGGAGAUACUGUUCUACAUCAUCAACGACAACAACAAACUCACGACUGAGUUCUUUAAAGAUAGAUAAUGAUGUUGACAACGAGGAUGCACAAUCAUUCAAGCAUACGUAUGAGGACGAUGAUGUGGAUGAUCAAUCACUAAAGAACAGGUCAAAGUGGUCAUAUGGCAAGCAGGACUCGUUAGCAUUUCUCUCAAAGAACAAGCAAUUGGAUGAUAUCAUCAAGAAGAGUCAGGUCAACGAGUCAUUCGAUGGCAUGGUCAAUGUCAAUAACACACUUCUCACAAAUAUUACCAAUCAACUUCAACAUCAGCUUAAACCUUCUCUGCUCAUUGGCAACGGUAUCAAACCAAAGAUUAGAGUAAUGAGAAGCAAGAAGGAGUCGACUACUCAAUCACAAGAAGAAAAGUCACAACCACCUCAACAACAACAACAACAACAACAACAACAACAACAACAACAACAACAACAACAACAGGACAAGCCACCAAAGACCAUAAGGAUCAAGAUCAAAUCAAAGGACCCAUUCAUUGAGUUGCCAAACAACCAGAAGAUCUAUCUUCAGAAGAGAUCCAAGAAGGGUGAGGAGUCAACAGAGGUCUCUCAUACCAGCAAAUCAACACCAAAUCCAAUCUCCAAUCAUACUGCUCUAUCAAAAGCAAACAUGACUGAUGUCGUUCCCCCGAUAUCUGCACCUCAUGCUCAGUCUCUCAGUUCACCCAACUACAACAACAUCAAUGAAGAGUUGACUACAUCAGAAUACGAAUCAUUGUCAACCAUUGGAGAUAAGAAGCCACACACAUUGAUCAUUGAUGGUACACCUUUGUUGUACAAGGGCUUUGGUGGUACGCCACCCCUCUCUGUCGAAGGGCAACCAAUCAAUGCGAUAUAUGCCUAUACUCAGUCAAUACUAAAGCUACUCAGAGACUUCAAACCGGACAACGUUGUGCUAUGCUUUGAUCCGAGGGAUGGCAUACCCACGUUCAGACGUGACCUCUACCCAGAGUACAAGGCACAGCGCCCACCCACCCCUGAAGACCUAGUCUCACAGUUCUCACUGGUGCCACAUCUAUCAGAGGCACUAAGCAUUCCAAUGAUCACCGUCUCACGCUUUGAAUCAGAUGAUCUCAUCGCUACCUACACCAAGAUGGCCAUCGAACAAGGUCAUAGUGUGACAAUCGUCACAGAUGACAAGGACAUCCUACAACUGGUCAACCACGAGGAUAUUUCUCUUUUCCGACCAAAGAGAAAUCAGACCGUAACCAUGUCAACGGUCGUCAAUGUCAUGGGUGUCUCAAGCGAACUGAUGACCACCUACCAAGCUUUGGUUGGUGAUUCCUCAGACAACAUACCUGGAGUUCCUGGAAUCGGUCCAAAAAGUGCCAUAUCGAUCAUCAAUGAGCUUGGAUCACUAAACAACAUAUUGGAUAACAUUGACAAGUUACCAGCAAAGCUACAAGAUCGCGUACAGAACUUGAAGUCACAGAUCACUUUGUCCUAUCAGUUGGCAACUUUGAACAAGAAUGUCACCGUACCCUACACCCUCGAUCAACUACGCUUUAAUCCAAUCAACAAGAAGAAGCUUUUAGACUAUCUGGAUAUGUUCCAGUUCCAAAAGCUAAAAGGCUCAUUGGAUAAGUACAAGUUGCCAUUCGAGGGAGAGAUUGAUUAUAGAUAUACAGAGGAGGACACCAGCGUGGCAGCGGCACUGGCAUUGGAAAAGUCAAGUGCAUUGCAGGCGGCUGUUGAGGCACAGGCAUUGGAGGAACAAGAUCAACCAAUGACAGAUGAGGAGGUAGGACAGUUGGCCAUUCCAAACGUCACCAUAGUGAGCACUGUGGCCAAGGCAAAGCGAGUCGCUCGUCAGUUGAGGAGUCUGACUCACCUAUAUCAUGCGUGUGACAGUGAGGUCAUCGACUUGGAUCUCAAGAAGGAGUCACCCAUUGGGCAUGGACGCAUCAUUUGUUUCAGUGUCUACUGUGGUCCAGACAUUGAUUUUGGACAGGGAUCAAUUCUCUGGGUGGAUACACUGGGUGCCAAUGGAGAGGAGAUACUUCAGGUGUUCAAGGAGUAUAUGGAGGAUGAGGCAAUCUACAAGGUGUGGCACAACUAUGCUUUUGACCGACAUAUAUUCUUCAAUCACGGUAUCGAUGUGAAAGGAUUUGGUGGCGACACUCUACACAUGGCUCGACUCUGGGACGCCUCAAGGAACGGUCGUGGAGGCUAUUCACUCGAGAAACUGAGCAAAGAGCUACUGGACAAUCAUAAGACUAGUAUGGUCGAUUUGUUUGGAAGACAAAAGAUCAACAAGAACGGAGAGCUUGGCAAGGAGGUUAUUAUGCCACCACUUGAGGCUCUCCAACGCAGCAGGCGUCAUGUCAAUGCUUGGAUAGGCUACUCAUCACUGGACGCUGAGCUGACUUGGCAGCUACGAGAGAAUCUACAACUCAAGUUGAAGAACAUGGUGUGGAUGAAUGACACAACAAUGUGGGACUUUUACCAUCUACUGUGGAGACCAUUUGGACAUCUCCUCACAGACAUGGAGCGACGUGGCAUGAAGGUGAACAUUGAACAUCUCAAGACCAUCGAGAUCCAAGCCACCAAGGACAUUGGGGACCACGUCGACCGUUUCCAGAAGUGGGGCAACAAAUACUGUGAGAAUGUGAAGUAUAUGAACACAGGAUCGGACGCCCAAGUGCAGCAACUGUUGUUUGCACCCACUGUCAACAUCAAGACCAAGGAGCAAAUGCCGCCAGAGAAGGAGUUUGACUGUCUGAAUGUCGAGGGCUACAUCGAGCCAGGCAAGAAGAAGGCAAAGAAGAUGCGUCCAUUCGUUCUGACUGGUAUGGGUCUUCCAGUCAGCUCACAUACAGACAGUGGUUGGCCCUCUGUCGAUUCAGCUGCAAUGCGUGAACUAGCCGGAAACCCAUCAAAAGGAAAGUACGGCAAGAUAUACACCUACUUCAAGGAAAGAUCACAGGACAAGGAGGCUGGAGAGAAGGAAGGAAUUGAGGCAUCUGAGGCCGUGUCGUCGCUGCUCGAAGUCGGUAGCGUGGGUACUCUGAUCAACUCGUUCAUUGUUCCCCUCCAGAAACUCUGUGAUGCAAACCAGCGAGUGCACACUUCGAUCAACGUCAACACAGAGACUGGACGUCUCUCAUCCAAGAGACCAAACCUACAGAACCAGCCAGCGUUGGAAAAGGACCGUUACAAGAUCCGUAAGGCUUUCACCUGUGAAGAGGGUAACACCCUGAUCGUGGCAGACUAUGGCCAACUGGAGCUCCGAUUGCUUGCACAUAUCACCAACUGUAAAUCAAUGAUCAAUGCGUUCAAGGUGGGUGGUGACUUCCAUUCAAGAACUGCCAUGGGCAUGUACCCACAUGUCAAAGAGGCUGUGGACAAGGGAGAGGUGCUAUUGGAAUGGGAGGGCGAAGGUGAGCCUCCAAAGCCAUUGCUCAAGGAUGUAUUUGGUGCUGAGAGAAGAAAGGCCAAGACACUCAACUUCUCAAUCGCCUAUGGCAAAACUCCGCACGGCCUGUCCAAGGACUGGGGUGUGACACUCAAAGAGGCGCAGGACACUCUGAAUCGAUGGUACGAGGACCGUCCAGAGGUAUUGUUGUGGCAGAGGAAGACAAUAGACAUUGCCAACAAACACAAAUGGACACGCACUCUUAUGGGCCGAUACAGACUGCUACCCGACAUUGACAACCCAGCAAAAGGAUUCAAGUCGCACGCGGAACGUGCUUCAAUCAACACACCCUUGCAAGGUGGUGCCGCAGAUAUCGUUAUGAAGGCAAUGCUCAUGAUAGAGGAAGACAAGCGACUGAAAGAGUUGGGAUUCCAGCUGAUCAUGCAGAUACACGAUGAGCUUAUCCUGGAAGGACCUGAACAGCAUGCAACAGAGGCCCGAGACAUUGUGAUGAGGCUCAUGUCUAACCCACUCAACACAGCGCUACUCAUAGAUUUGGUUGUCGACUGUAGCUUCGCAAAGACCUGGUAUGAAGCCAAGUAA